UUCAUGCACCUCAUCCCUCAUUCACCGACUUCGUGGUCGGCCAAAGAGCCAGUCAUUUUGAUAUGGCUCGAUUUGUUCCGCUACACAGACCUGUGUACCGGCCCUUUCCAUGACCAUGACAGCAAUUUCUUGACGAACCCAAUUUGCUGACCAACUGGAGAUGAGAAAGAGAGAAACAAACACCGACGAGCAGACGGUGAUCCAUGGUCCAUGGCCCAUGGCCCGGACGGAAAGCACCCAGCAACACCGCCGGCUGUUGUCGUCUUUCCGGAAUCCUCGAUCCCGCGGUUUUGAUACGCUGCCUGCCGAACCAAGACCGCUUGCUGCCGAAUUUUCGAAUCUUGCUUCGAUUUCUCUCUUGGGGCACCAGACUGGCUCUCGGGCAUCCCAUUUCGCCACCUUGCUAUGCCUAACUCUGCAUACCCAAAACGCCUCGCGAGCCUAUCUCAUCUAUCCAACGAUGGGACACGAUCCAGGCGUGCCAGGGCGGCGAGAGAGGCCGAAGAACAUGUGGAGGCCGGCCCAGUCGUCGAGCCAGGUGCCGGAAAAGGAAAAUAAAUCAUCACACAAAUGGUGUCGGGCUCCAUCCAUGCCCAUUCCAAUCCCAGACUGGCUCGACUUAUCAAAGCAGAUCUUUCCCCCCAGGCAUGUCAAUGCAUACCCCAUGGGUGGUGUAUGUGUGGUGUGGAGUUGGCCCGGUCUCCGGCUCUAUCAACUGGCAACGACAAUGCCAGCGCAUCAAGAUGGGUCACACUUUGAGCCGCAUCUCGACGGUCGAACAUUGCAUCUGACGAACACUUUAUCCUCCUGUCCGUUUGGCUUUCCCUCAUGUCGUCUCUUUGGCGUCUGAAUUCGGACAUUUUUGCCUCCGCUCUUGCCCCGCACGAAGGCCGCUCCUUCACUGCAAUAUGUAAAGCACACAUAUCUCGCCGUUGACUGCUCAUCAAGGUGAUGCAGCUUCGUUGUCCAUACCUGCCUGCUUCCGGCACUGCCUCGCAUCUCCUUCUGCCUUU